AUGAAGAGUAGAAACACUCUCCCUCGUCUGCGCUCUCCUUUCCCUCGCCAACUGAGGGAUCAGAGAGCACAGACAGGUCAGGCUUCUCCAGUUUUCAACUCAAAAAUCCAGUUUUUUCUCGUCCCGAUCCAAGGUGCAUAUAAAGAAGGGGUCAUCUAGAGACGCCGAAUAUUUUUACGACGCCGAUAUGGGCAGUCGAUUUGAUGCGGACCCGCCAAUCUCGAAUCGCUCGUAAAAUGGCGACGUCGCCGCGUCGGGAAACUCUUGCUGCUCCUUUUACAGAACGCCUUUUUGAUGACGUCACCGUCCUGUACGAUUGA